AUGAAGGCUCCUGCCGCGGCGAUGCUUCUGCUGGCGCUGGUGGUCGCCGCCGCCGCCGUGACCCCGUCCGACGCGGCUGGUCACCCUACCGCUGGCGGGACGGCUAAUCCUAGCCGCCGCCGCCACGGCCACCACCGCAGCCGCGACGACCAGUCUCCCCUGACGGGGCUGACGCAGUGCGUGACCAUCUGCGGGUCGCAGGUGACCACGUGCCUGCUCGACUGCUACGGGCCGCUGAGCAGGGGCAACCCGGUGGCGCUGCCCGUCUGCCUCCUCAGCUGCACCAACGACGCCAUGGUCUGCGCCAGCGGCUGCUCCACCGAUGUCGUCGACGGAUUAACCCGGCCGAUUAAUAACUAG